CCGACCGGAGUCCAAUAGGGCAUCCCCAUCGGUUCGAGAAACGGCUGCUGAAGGCGUUCUUCAAAGAAUGCUUCCUUUCCAUUCACACAGCUUCCAACUCAAGAUCGUACCCAAGGAUGUUUGUGGUGGAAAGAACUGCUUUUUGAUUGAAAAUUACGGGGAGAAUGAUGGGCCUGAGAUAAUGAUCAAAGGUACCACAGCAGUUGAAUUAGCAUCUGGCUUGCAUUGGUACUUGAAGUAUUGAUGCGAUGCUUAUGUUUCCUGGGACAAGACUGGUAGCAUACAGGUGGCUUCUGUUCCUAAGGCAGGAUCCCUGCCUAGGCUGAAGGGCAAGGGUGUGAUGAUUUAGUGACCCGUCCCAUGGAGCUAUUAUCAAAAUGUCGUUACAUCAAGUUAGUCUUCUAUCUGGUGGAAUUGGAGUAGAUGGGAAAAAGAGAUCCUGGAUCGCUUUGCAAGGAGUUCACCUACCAUUGGCCUUUACUGGACAAGAAGCCAUUUGGCAAAAAGUUUUCAUGGUGACAUUUCACAUGAUCCUGUAUAAAAUUGGUGACAAAGUAAAAGCAGUUCUUAGUGUUGAUUUCGCCGUAACAACUCAUACUGAUUGGUGGGGUGACCCAUUAUCACAGAACUUGUUGGAUCAACAGGUAACUUGCAGUAACAGAUAUUGUCCUGGAGGUCAACUCUUUUCCAGUUUAGAAUUCUUGAUAAUCCAGUUCUUCCAUCCUUCUCUGGGAAUGUUCCAGAAGCAUUGAAGAAGAUACAUUCUUCAGCUAAUAUAACUAGACUCGGGACUGGUAUGGCUCUUUCUCUGUUUGUAAUUUCUUAAGUGUUGACUUUGAUGACCUUUUCACUCUUAUAUUGUCCUCCCAUGCAUCCCUUUUGUCUUCCUGCUUGGGUUCGAUAAGUUCUUCAUCUAGAUGUAGUUUUUGUUAAGAUGCUACACAUGGCAUUUUUUAAUUUCCUUGUCAAUUAUAAGACUUGUAAAACAAAUAGAGAAAAGGUCAAAGGCAUUAUUUUGUUUUACUACCUGGAAGAGGAUAGUCAAGAAAUUUGGUCGACAAUAUUUCUCAACGUCCAAGAUAUGAUGUAUCUGAUACAUGCUAGCAAUAAAGAAAUCUUAUGCUAUUCGGAAUGUUCCUUACAAUGCAAGAGAUGCUCUUUGAGUGGCUACUCAGAGAUGAAUAAGAUUGGUUACUUGGAAACUGAACUGAAUUGCACUAGCAUCUUCUGAUGUGAGCUUUCAUCCGCAA